CAUCGAACACCGAGUCAUCUCUCUAUUUCACUCCACGCACAGCAAACACAUCUCUCCCCUUUGAGUGAGACCGAGGGAGAGGGAUUUCUUUCUCUCUCUCCGCCAGUUGUCUCCGUCCAUGCGCCAAGCCCCAAUUCACCACCUCGGGAAACGCCCUCACUACAGCCCCCUCCCAUGGCAGUCUCACCCGACCUCUUCUCCGCUUCCUCCAACCUCCUCCUCUGCGCCGAGAACGCCGACGACGUGGCAUCCUGGGAUGGGGAGGAGCAGGACGUGGAAGGCGGCACCGCCACCGUCGCCGCAACAGCAGACAAUGAGUGGGUCCCGCCCGCGCUAGCCGACGACCGUGCCGCCAUCGCGGCCAUGCUCGCGGCCGAGCCUGACCACCUACCCCGCGAUGACUACCUCGGCCGCCUCCAUGCCCGCGCCAUCGACGCCGCCGCCCGCCACGACGCCAUCGGCUGGAUUCUCAAGGUGAGCGAGUUCUACCGCUUCCGACCGGUGACGGCGUGUCUCUCCGUCAAUUACCUCGACCGAUUCCUCUCCUCCCAUUCUCUUCCGGGGCAGAAUGGGAAGGGAGGUUGGCCGAUGCAGCUGCUGUCGGUGGCGUGCGUGUCGGUUGCGGCGAAGUUGGAGGAGUCGCACGUGCCGCUGCUGCUCGACCUCCAGCUCCGCGAUCCUACUUAUGUCUUCGAGCCCCGCACCAUCCAACGGAUGGAGCUCCUCCUCGCGGCCGCACUGCGGUGGCGCCUGCGCGCCGUCACCCCCUUCGACUUCCUCCACCACCUCGCCGCCUCCCCCGCCGUCGCCGCCCUCUCUCCCUCCUCCUCUUCCGCCCUCUUCUCCCGCGCCGCCCGCCUCGUACUCUCCACCCACCGCGUGGUGGAUUUCUUGGUCUAUCGGCCGUCAGUGAUGGCAGCUGCGGCCUUCCUGUGUGCGGCAAACGAGAUGACCGAGUCGUCAGCCAUAGGAACCGGCGACUGGUCGAGUUGCUUCGAUGCUUGGGUUAGCAAGGGAGUGGUGAAUAGGUGUCGCCAGCUAAUGGAGGAGUGGGUGAUCGGCACGUGCCCGUCAUCCCGGCGGGGAAACACUACGGAAUGCCGAGGUCGCCCCGAGCCGCCGAGGAGCCCAGUCGGCGUGUUGGACUCCGCCGCCUGCACGAGCUGUGACACCGGCCCGAGGUCCGAGGACGGACCCGAGCCACGCCCCGCCAAGCGCCUUCGGCUCGGCGACCACCCUUGUACAGACCGCGUAUUUACCGGCCUCGACGGUGAACUCCUCUAAUUAAUCUCCAUAACAUGGAUUGGUCUCUCCCCUGUUAAUCCUUUAAAUUGUUGUUAGAACCAGGGUUUUGUUGUUAAUCCUUCCUCUUAAUCUUCUCGUAGAGCGUAUGUUUUCUGUU